AUGGCUCCCGAUGUUAUCCGGGUUGCUUCCGACCGUCCUUAUGAUACCAGAGUAGAUAUCUGGUCUUUGGGUAUCUGUGUUUUAGAACUUUUAACUGGCAAAGCCGCCUGGGGACGUGCUAGUGAUAAUGAAAUUAGGGAUAAACUACGUAAUGGUGAGAAACCUUAUGGUUUUCAACGUUUACGUGGUAAGAAAGAUGAUAUCGGAAUCGGAUGGGAAGCUAUUGACUUCUUGAGUAAAUGUUUCAUCGAAAAUUGUAAAGAUAGGUGGUCUGCCGAGAAAUUUAGUAUAUACAAUCAUAUCAAUAUUGCCUUAAAAGUACAUCUGUACGCGUGCAAAUGGUAUUUUUAA